AUGUCUUCGCCGCCACCAUCUGACUACCCCGAAGACGAUGACACCACGAGUGUGCAGCGGCUCCAAGCGCAACAGAACAAAGCCGUUCGCCUCAUUCUUGGAGCUCCGACCUGGACUAAAGUCAGCAACUUACAAGUCGAGACUAACAUCGCCCCUGUAGAGGUCCGAAUCGCCAAGAAUGUGGCCACCAUCACUACCAAAAUAUUGACAAAACCAGGGUAUAGAAAGACACAGGAUAGACUGAGGACAGCAAAAACACAAAGGAACCAGCCUGCAGGCCAACAGUGGAGCCGCAGCGCUACUACAAAGUGCCCGAUGCUCAAAAACGCGACAUUACGGCGAGAAGAAUACAUGGAGAACUCUCUAUUGCCAGACUCGAAGGACACACCAGUGUACUACACCGACGGGUCGAGAGAUCAAGACACCGGCAGGAGCGGCGCUGCCUUUGUUCUCAGAGGAGAAGAACACGCUUGGCGCCUCUGCGAUGGCUGCAGCAGCCUCCAGACGGAGUUAGCUGCGAUUUUUCAAGUCACGGCCCAUGCACUACAACAAGAGACCACCACGAUAGUCAUACACACCGACUCCAGAUCUGCAAUAGAAGUUCUCCAGCGGCAAAAGAUACGAGACAACACGCAACUAACUACCAGCAUUCUCGGCAACCUGCAACAUCUCCAGCGUCAAGGAAAAGCCAUCACCAUUAACUGGAUACCAAGCCAUGUUGGUAUCUUAGGAAACGAGACUGCCGACAUCGCCGCCAAGAUGGCCGCCAUGAGAGCAGACGUUAUGAUGCACAUCCGGCCAUCGCUAUCAAGUCUCAAAGCAGCAGCGCGCAAGUUGGAACACCAGAUCAACGACACCAGGAACAGAAUAAAUGCCGAGGAAGGAUCAAGAAGCUACUCCUGGUACCGGGCAGUCACAGGAACAAGAAGCCUCGAGGUAGCAGGAGACACCCCUAGGACGACGAGGGUCCAUCUCCACCGUCUACGCCUGGGGUACCCUUGCAACUGGCAGCUGAUCGACAGAGUCAACAGAGCUUGCAGCCACUGCCACUUCACCCCGGCUGAACCGCUUCUACAUUGGAUUGUUGAGUGUCCCCUGACACAAGAACUUCGACAAGCCCUGCAUCUCCGAGAUCACGACUCCGAAUCACCAGAAGCAAGGCCCGCAGCCAUACACCUUCUCAGAAGAAUAUGGGCCGAGAAACCCUGCAUCCUCCUCUCUAUGCUCAAAGACCAUCCACCUCCGCGCUAG